ACCACCUGACGCCCACCCGCUCCCGCCCCGGGACGGGAGACAUAAAUGCCGACUGUGCCGAGAAGUUGCCAGCUGCCAAACUGCACAACAGCUUGCAGUGCUUGCUCCCUCUGCGAGUCGAGAAAGCCCGGGCACUCUCUGGAGCUGGAACUUUUGCUCACCGCCUGCCUUCCAGCCUCCUCCCGAGCUCUUCCCGGCUGGGCCUGUUGCUUCGAAGUUUUUUUUGGUUUUUGUUUUUUUCAUCUUUUCACAACCAACAAAAACCACUAGCUGCUGAGGCUCCAACGUGAUCAAAAUGUGGACCGCGCCAGUGUUGUUCUGGGUUUUGGGGAGCGUUUGGUUCUGGAACUCUGCGCAAGGAGGGACCAUAGGCGCGAUAGAAGAUGAUAUUGUGACCCCAGGUACAGGAGAUGGCAUGGUGACCCCAGGUCUAGAAGACAGAAUAGCAACCACGGGUGCUACUGGAGGGCUGAAUGAAUCUACUGACAAGGUACCUCUGGAGCCAACACACAGAGAGAGUGGGACAAAGCCUCCCAUCGAGGAACUGCCAACCUCAGGAACCUCAGACCAUGAUCACAAAGAGCAUGAGGGUACAACCACUGUCAAAGUGGUGACUAGCCACUCAGUGGACAAGAAAACAAGUCACCCCAAUAGAGAUAAUGCAGAUGAUGAAACGCAGACAACAGAUAAGAAAGAUGGCUUGCCAGUAGUAACUCUGGUUGGAAUCAUAGUUGGAGUCUUGUUAGCCAUCGGCUUCGUCGGAGGGAUCAUCGUUGUAGUGAUGAGGAAGAUUUCUGGAAGGUUCUCGCCCUAAAGAGCUAAACAGAACAGGUUGUUCUCUCAUCACAUCUGAAAAUAAGAGAGCUUCCAACUUGCCCUGUUCCCCAUCCUCUUCCUGUGGAGGAAGAUGACCCAUGGAAUGCCCACCCACCCCACUCAUAGCCAUGGUGACCUCUCCACUUGCCAGCAGUACCAAAGGAAAGAUGUGGGACAGGCCUCGGCCCCUGGAAGCAUCUGCCUUUGGAAAACAAAAAUUUUUAACAAAAUGUUACGAUCGAUGAUUCAAAAGACAACAUGCUUAGGAAAUGGAGCAAAGCUGAGACAGUAUCGCCAGCUCUAGCAACUGUAACUAUGGGUUCCUGUCCAGUCCCUAUGACUGUGAAGAGGCAAAGGAGUCGGGAAAUGUUAUGCCACAGAGCCAAGGGUCCUCGCAACCUGCAACUGUAGCUGAUACAUACACAUUCCAGCCUCGUCAGAAGCAUCCACUGUACCUUCAGUUCCGGGAAGAUCCUUUCCUUUUUACAAUGCUCCAAACCAUCUCUAAGCCUCUGAUGAGCUGAUGACCCAGAGGUCUGUCUCCUCCACUCUCCUUGGUGAUGGAAAGUCAAGGGAGCCACGUCCUAGACUCCCUAGGACUUGAGCCCUCAGAUCAGCCUCAUCUUUCCAAAAAAUGGAGAUCUCAGCCCAGGUGCCGAGAACACUGUCAGAUGUCACGAGAUGCCAGAGGUUCAGCCGCUAUAGAACCAAGAACGUUUCUCCUGUGCCUGCUUUAGUAUAGGAAGUAAGACCGACCAGUCUCUAACACCUGCCUUCUGCUUCUCAGGAAAGACAGGGAAAGCAAAAAUAAUCUUGUAUAAUCCUAACUGCUUUUAUGUGGUGGACGUAAAGGUUUGAUGUUAAUAGAAGAUCUUUCCAUACCACAUUCUUUCCAUGGGGACUCAGUGUUGCUGGGACAGAGCUGUAGUGUCUUGGUCACCUGUGUUGGUACUCAAUACAGUGUAGACAUCUUUUCAAAUAAAACAUGAUUGUGUAUAA